AUGCAAGGCUCUCAGCUCGGAAAACUGACACUGUCUUCUUCAAUUGAUGAUUGGCGUUCUCAGGGGCUGGAUCUCACCCCCGCAGGCGGAACCUGUUCCUCCACUGCCGGGAUAAAUAUUAAUCCAUCGCAAACACCCGACGUUCUCCAAGCGACAUGGUGGAACCAGGCGGACUCCGCGCGGACAACACACAAGUCCAUUGCGGGAUAUCCGGUGUCGAGAGCAGAACGGGAUGAUCAAUAUCAAAUUCAAAUGGCGCGUCAAUCAUUGGACGCCGCAGCCGCUCCAUAUCCAGUCGCGCUGUACGGAGUACUCCGUACGAAUACGGAGGUCAAUCAAUAA